UCCAGUUCUUUAUUAGCUUGCGGGCAGCGAAUGGAAGGUUUCAUCUUUUCGUAAGCACAUGGAGCGAAAAUAAAUUGACAUUUUCUCUUCCGAAAAUGGGAAACCUCCACGCAUCUAGUCCUCCACCUGGUACUACUCCUCCUCCACCACCAUUAACGGCUCCCUUACCACAAAAUACAUCGAUUUGCGAGAAGAAAUCUAUCACCCCUGCAGUUGGCAACCCCGGCUCGUUUGAAGAGUUACAUAAGAAAUGUAAAGAUGUUUUCCCUCAGUGUUUUGAAGGAGCUAAGCUUCUGUUGAAUAAAGGCAUUAGCAGUCACUUUCAAGUUUCACAUAACUUAUCAUUAAGCUCACUUGGACCUGGAAGUUAUCACUUUGGAGCCACAUAUGUUGGAGAUAAACAAACUGGACCACAUGAGUCGUAUCCAGUUCUUGUAAGCGAUAUUGAUCUAAAGGGAAAUCUAAAUUCACAAAUUAUUCACCAGUUCACCGAUGGCAUUCGAGGAAAAUUUAUUUUACAGACUCAAAAAAAGUUUUGGGCAAUGCAACAGUACGAUAUUGAAUAUCGCGGGCGUGAUUUCACAACAAGCGUCACCUGCGUGAAUCCCGAUCCCUUUAAAUUAUCUGGAAUCGUCGUUGCUCAUUAUCUACAGAGCCUGACGUCAUCGCUGUCACUGGGCGGAGAAUUCCUUUACCAUAACGCUGCUGGCCAAGAGGCCGCGGUCGUUUCUUUGGCUGGUCAAUACAAGACUGACGAUUGGGUGGCCUGUGCUACUGUAGGGCAGGCAGGAUGGCAUGCUAGUUAUCAUCAUAAAGGAAAUGAGAAUGUGGACGUUGGUGUACAGUACGAGUACAAUACCCAACAGCAGACUAGCUCUGUCAGUGUUGGCUAUCAGUUCAACGUUCCCAAAGCCAACUUAACUUUUCGCGGUAUGUUGGACUCGAACUGGACAGUGGGUGCUGUUCUCGAAAAACGAUUUCACCCUUUACCGUUUACAUUCUCACUGUCUGGAACAAUGAAUCACGAUAAGCGUGAAUCACAGUUCGGGUUCGGUUUGACGGUGGGGUGAAAUCAUGAAUGUAUGAUUUGUUUCUUAUCCACUAAUCAUGGCGUAGGUACAUAAAUAUAUAAUUUUGAUGCUUUUGAACAACGCGCUGUUGUAGAAAGUACGUCUAUUUUUCCAGUUCAAAACUAAUGUAAUUCAUGGUAUGUCUAUUGAUGGACGGAUAGCAUUUUUGCAUUUUAUCUAAAAAUAAAGUUUUCAAUUAUUCUGUAAAAA